GCGGGCGCGGGGCCAGAAGCGCAGAACCCGGCCUGCCAAGCCUUCUAGCCUGCGGYGGCUAUGGAGGGCUCAGCUGUUCGGCUGCUGCGGAGCAGCGGUCUGCUAAGAAGAAACUUCCCAACAUGCCUGUCUUCUUGGAAAAUUCCUCCUCGUGUCCUAAAAUCUUCCCAGUCAGAAGCUGUCCUUGAUGUCAGAAAUAAUGCACUACCCUUUGUGCCACUGCAAACAUUUACAGACGAGGAAAUGAUGAUAAAGAGUGCAGUUAAAAAAUUCGCACAGGAAGAGAUUGCUCCUUUGGUUUCAACCAUGGAUGAAAAUUCAAAAAUGGAAAAAUCAGUAAUACAAGGCUUAUUCCAACAAGGGUUGAUGGGUAUUGAAGUUGAUGCAAAGUAUGGAGGAACAGGAUUCUCAUUUUUUUCCAGUAUCCUAGUCAUAGAGGAAUUAGCCAAAGUUGAUGCAUCUGUUGCUCUCCUAUGUGACMUCCAGAACACAAUAAUUAACAAGCUGAUUAAAAAACAUGGAACAGAAGAACAAAAGACCACCCAUCUUCCUAAACUGGUUACAGAAAAACUAGGAAGCUUCUGCCUUUCAGAGACUGGAGCAGGUAGUGACCCCUUUGCUUUGAAGACCAGAGCUGAUAAAAGGGGAAAUUACUAUCUCAUCAAUGGGUCAAAGAUGUGGAUUAGCAAUGCUGCACAUGCAGGACUCUUCCUGGUUUUCGCAAAUGUGGAUCCUACCCGUGGAUAUAGAGGAAUCACCUGCUUCCUAGUAGAUCGUGAUACAGAAGGCCUUCAUAUAGGGAAAGCAGAAAAUAAACUGGGCAUCAGAGCUUCUUCCACCUGCCCAGUAACAUUUGAAAAUGUCAAGGUUCCAGAAGCCAAUAUCUUGGGACAAAUUGGCCACGGCUAUAAGUAUGCUAUAGRAAGUCUUAAUGAAGGCAGAAUAGGAAUUGCUGCACAGAUGCUGGGACUGGCCCAAGGAUGCUUUGACUACACCAUUCCAUAUAUUAAAGAAAGGAUACAAUUUGGCCAAAGAAUAUUUGAUUUUCAGGGGCUCCAACACCAAGUGGCUCAMGUGGCCACCCAGCUGGAAGCUACACGAUUACUGAUAUACAACGCUGCUAGGCUUGUAGAAACUGGAAGACCAUUCAUCAAAGAAGCAUCUAUGGCCAAAUAUUAUGCAGCAGAGAUUGCAGGGCUAACAACUAGUAAAUGUAUUGAAUGGAUGGGAGGAGUAGGCUACACAAAAAAUUACCCUGUGGAAAAAUACUUCCGAGACGCAAAGAUUGGUACAAUCUAUGAAGGAACUUCCAAUAUCCAGCUGAACACCAUUGCAAAGUACAUCGACCAGGAAUACUGAUGGCCCUGGGUCUGGGCCCCUCCYGAAUGCCAUUGGUCUAACAUUCUAAACUCCUGUGCAUUGUUGGGGGUAUUAGGCUCCAUGGCAUUGUGGUGUUUUAUUGAGGUCCCCAGUCCAGGUCUGUGGCCUUGGCCUUUUCCCUUUAUGGGCAGAGGAGAUUUUUUAAUUUGGGAAGAAAUGCAUCCAUAUUUUCUCCAAAAUUGACUUAAAACUUAAUAUUUAUAUWAUCACUGUAAUUUCAGAGUAUGCAGAAGCUUUGCUCYGUCAACAUUUGGAAAAAUGAAGAAUCAAAGUAUUAAAAAAGUAGUUAUUUUAUAUUUCUUCUAAAUCUUUAUAUUACUGCAUCAGAGAAACAUUUGUUACAGUCAACGAUUUUUAUUCGAUACUUUAUAGAUUUUAUUGUAAGUAGCCAAAUGAGRCCAAGAAUGAUAGAAAUUUAUUUGGAAAAAAAAAAUCUAAAACUUCUAAAAAAAAAAAAAAUCAGUGAAUGGGUGGAAAUUAAGGGUGUAACUUUAUAGGUCUUAUAAUAAAGCAAUAUAAUUUGCCACUUUAAUUAAUCUAUAUAAAAACUGCAUUUCAUAAUGGUUUCAGACGAUCAUUUUAAAAAUCUGUCUUUGCAUUAAUUUUCAACUAUGAAGUUCAAAUGAAGUUGUUUUAA